CCUUUUUCGCCCCCCCCGCCCCCACUCUGUGAAUCGAGCCCGAGGUGACAUCCCAAGGGGACGGGUGCUUAUCUGGGGACUCGUGUCGUGCGCGGUGCCGAGCGCAGAGACUCCAUGUCCGACCAGUCGCUUUGUUUUCAGGGCUGGGGGGACCCUUUGCGAGCCGGUCGGGGUGACACUGAGCCCCUAAGCCUCCCAGGGUGGACUGUCGCGUCCGGGCCGUGACCCAGGCCUCGGGCAUUCACUUUCUCGGAGGCCGAACCCCCGGGCGGGCGGGGUCCGAAGCUCCGCGCGGCGCCAGGCGCCUGUGGGACCCAGGUGGGAGGCGAUGAACUUGCACCCCCGGAGAGGGACCCUGUGGGGGCGCGUGUGCAUGUGCGUGUGAAACCAAAAAAAAAAAAAAAAAAAAGAGCGAGAUGAGAAGCGAGAGGAGAGAGAGGAGGAUAAAUAGAGUGAAGGCUGUUUCAACAACUUUGCGGCAGGCGAGCGCCGGAGCAGGGAUUUCGGGUUUCCGAGCCGGCUCGGGGCUGUCUAAUUAUGUCGGGCUCUGCAGGGACACGCAGGAGGCGAGGUGCCGCUUGUUCUGACACCCCGGCGGGGCAGGCUGGCAGCGGCUGCUGGGAGAGAGCGAGCCGUGUCAUCCGGGGGGGCGUCGGGCGGGAGUGGCCCAGCCAGUCGGACGGGUUUGCGCCGGGAGCCGGGAGCCCGUGCCAGCGGCGCCCGGGCUGGGCCGCGUCCCGGCUUCCCCCUCCGCGAGCCCCGGCCCCGGAGAGCCGAGGGCGGGGCGGCCGCCGCCGAGCGUCCGGCCCCGGGAGUCCGCGGGAAGCUCGAACGGCGGCCCAGGCGAGGGCCGGUCCCGGGAGGGGGCGCCGGGCCAUGGAGGAGCGGCGCGGCGGCGGGCGCCCGAACCCCCAGCCCCAGGCCCGGCUGCGGAGCGGAGCAGCCCGCGGCCGGAGGGCGCCGGGAAGCAGCUCGGGUGCCGAGAGCCCGAUGAUCGGCCGGCCGCGGUCCCCGACAGCUCCCGGGCGCGACGCGCGGCCCCCGCGGCAUCCAGAGGACCGUCACGACGGCACCAGCAACGGGACGGCACGGUUGCCCCAGCUGGGCACUGUAGGUCAAUCUCCCUACACGAGCGCCCCGCCGCUGUCCCACACCCCCAAUGCCGACUUCCAGCCCCCCUACUUCCCCCCGCCCUACCAGCCUAUCUACCCCCAGUCGCAAGAUCCUUACUCCCACGUCAACGACCCCUACAGCCUGAACCCCCUGCACGCCCAGCCGCAGCCGCAGCACCCGGGCUGGCCCGGCCAGAGGCAGAGCCAGGAGACUGGGCUCCUGCACACGCACCGGGGGCUGCCCCACCAGCUGUCGGGCCUGGAUCCUCGCAGGGACUACCGGCGGCACGAGGACCUCCUGCACGGCCCCCACGGGCUUGGCUCAGGACUCGGAGACCUCCCGAUCCACUCCUUACCUCACGCCAUCGAGGACGUUCCGCAUGUAGAAGACCCGGGUAUUAACAUCCCAGAUCAAACUGUAAUUAAGAAAGGCCCCGUGUCCCUGUCCAAGUCCAACAGCAACGCCGUCUCCGCCAUCCCCAUCAACAAGGACAACCUCUUCGGCGGCGUCGUGAACCCCAACGAAGUCUUCUGUUCAGUUCCGGGUCGUCUCUCGCUCCUCAGCUCCACCUCGAAGUACAAGGUCACGGUGGCGGAAGUACAGCGACGCCUCUCACCGCCCGAGUGUCUCAACGCUUCGCUGCUGGGCGGAGUGCUGCGAAGGGCGAAGUCUAAAAAUGGAGGAAGAUCUUUAAGAGAAAAACUGGACAAAAUAGGAUUAAAUCUGCCAGCAGGGAGACGUAAAGCUGCCAAUGUCACCCUGCUCACGUCACUAGUGGAGGGAGAAGCCGUCCACCUAGCCAGGGACUUUGGGUACGUGUGCGAAACCGAAUUUCCUGCCAAAGCAGUAGCUGAAUUUCUCAACCGACAGCAUUCCGAUCCCAAUGAGCAAGUGACAAGAAAAAACAUGCUCCUGGCUACAAAACAGAUAUGCAAGGAGUUCACUGACCUGCUGGCUCAGGACCGAUCUCCCCUGGGGAACUCGAGGCCCAACCCCAUCCUGGAGCCCGGCAUCCAGAGCUGCUUGACCCACUUCAACCUCAUCUCCCACGGCUUCGGCAGCCCGGCGGUGUGCGCCGCGGUCACGGCCCUGCAGAACUAUCUCACCGAGGCCCUCAAGGCCAUGGACAAAAUGUACCUCAGCAACAACCCCAACAGCCACACGGACAACAGCGCCAAAAGCAGUGACAAAGAGGAGAAGCACAGAAAGUGAGGCUCUCCUCCCGCCCCGCCCCCUGCCCGCGCCUCACCGGCGGCCCCCCCGCCUCCCGCGCUUCCACCCACUCCAUCUCCAUCUCCAUCCCCAUCCCCCCCCCCACCGACCACCUCCGGCAGGUGACAGCUCCGGGAUCAGCACCCCCCCACUGCUGCUACUGCUGCCGCCGCUGCCGCCGCCGCCUUCGGUCCGGAGUCUCGGGGUACCCGGGACAGCGCUCCACUGUGAGGGGGUGACCUCGCGGUCUCAGGCCCCGGCCCGGACCCCACCCCGCACCCCUUCCGCCCAUCGGCACCGACUCCCCUUUGCCCUCGUGUGGAGCCUAAGAGAACAGAACAGGCCGUGAAGCCAGCAAAGAAAAGUUCUGUCCGAGUUUGUGAACCUGUUUUUUUGUUUGUUUGUUUAAACCAACAAAUCAACAACGACAACAAAAAUUUAAAACUUUUUUUUUUUUUAGAAAAAAGAACGUAAAAAUUAAAAAAAAAAUUAUAUGAGCUUCACUGGACGGAAUCACCACCUUCCCUUACAUACUUCAGUUCAGAUUGUAGCCAUACUUUAAAAAAAAAAAAAAGGCAAAAAGGAUAAUGACAUUUUUAUCAGUAUUGUGAAUAAACUUGAACACAGAUACUCGAAGUUCCAUGUCUUGUCUUCAGAUGUAGAAGUUUUCCUUCUUCAAGGUAAAGCGACCAACUUGAACUUUCUCUGGUAACACGAUUCACAGCUCUAUAAGGGAAUCAGUGUUCACGUCUCUGUAUAUAUUUAUUUAUGUGUAAUUUAAUGGGAAUUGUAAAUAUGGUGAGUCUGUUUUAAGCUUUUUUUUUUUUUUUUUUUUUUUAUUUAUCUGGUGAUCUCGUUUACCUCUUGUUUAGUGGGUUUUGAUUCUUCCCUAUUAGUUCUUCAUGUGGUUCAUGGUACUUAUUUAGGAAUCCAAGGUUUGGGGGAUGUUUUUUUCUCUGGGAUUCAUGAAUUUAGCCCUGUUGUAGCAUGUUAAAGACGACAAUGAAGCAGCUGAACCAAUAAAAAAAAGUCAAAAUUUUAUAAAUAAUUAGUGUUACAUUUAGCUUUUCAUUGAACUGAAAGAAAGAAGUGAUAUUGGACCCUGGAAAGAUUUUUAACUUGAGUGGUUUGAUAACCGUUCUAUGUAUUGUGGGGAGAAAAAAAAAAGUUUAUUUUAUUCCACUGUCCUCCCUUAAAAGCAUCAUUUGAGCAAUAAAUGAGUGUUGUCUUUAAACCCAAGGGUUAGGGAUUUUUUUCCUCUCUCUUUCUCUCUCUCUCUUUUUGUUCAAAGAACUUCAGACAUUUGGGACCACCUGGUAUUCUGUAUUUUCACUGGCCAUUUUGGAAGCAGUUCUAGCUGUAUUGUAUUGAGUUGUGCUGGCAGUAGUUUCCAUGCCUGUCAAUGUAUCAUAGUCCUUUGUUGCCCAGAUAAAUAAAUAUUUGAUACGCUUUA